AUGAGUGACCACCCCAGCACCGCGCCCGCCGGGGAGAAGGUUGGUCUCGCCAAGAAGCUCGCGAACGCCGUGCUGUUGUCUACGGGGAUAGGUCUGUGUUCGAUUCUGGCACUCUAUGUUGCCUUGAUGCUGAACGACGUGCCAGAGUGGGGGGCGAUGACUAGGGAGGUCAUGAUUGAGACAGAGAUGAAAAACAUCGACAGGCUCGCCCUCGCCAAGGCUGAACACACAGGCGAGAUUUACGCUCGGGUAAAGGAGAACCUCCUGCUGCUUCAAGCCGUGGGAGAACAGAUCCUCCUGACGGAGCCUGAGACGGUGGUGGUCGAUGACUACGUCAAGAGCUUCUCAGGCCUUCAACAGCAAGCGGCGGACGACUGGAAUCACAGCACUUGGUUCAUCACCGGCUUCAAUUCCAGCACAGACUUGCCGGCCGCCGGCAGCUCGCUUGAUGGCCUCCUCAAUCGAACCGCUCUGAUGGACGUUCCUUUUCGAGGGAUGCAAAGGCAGCAGAAGCUGGCAUAUCUGGCCGCCUUGGACAACCCUUCACUGCCGGACGACCCAGAUGAAUCCGCCAACUUCCAAGCCUAUCCUGCUUUCGACAUGUUGGAAGCAGGGUUACCUACGUAUAAUAACCAGGAAGACUGCGAUGAUCGAUUCGACACCGGGGACGCUGACUUUUUGCCAGCCACGUUCGAUCCCCGAUGUAGGGUGUGGUUCCAAGAUGCGCGAGAGUCCAACGGUCCUAUCUUCACUGACCCCUACCAGGACUGGGAGACGGGGCUGCUCACCGUGACACCUGCCGCUCCCGUGUACGAUGCUAACGGCACCACCCUGCUGGGUGUCGUCGGCAUCGACAUGAAUUUCUCAGUCAUCCGGGAAUCCGUCCUCAGCUUGCGAAUCGUCGAAGAAGAUGGGUACGCCUACAUCCUCACUCCGACGGGUGACGGGGUUGUCGUUCACCCCGAUCUGGAGCUGGACGACGUCCAGAACAUUCUUGAACUCGAGGAUGGUGUUGAUGAGGACGAAUUCAGCGCCCUGGUAACUCGUAUGACGGAAAAUUGUGAUGGCACAGCGAGCUACCAGAAGAACGGCGGGACGUGGCUCCUUUCUUGGGAGCAUGAGACAAUCAGCGGUUCGGGCACUGGCAACAGCAGUUCCGACGGUGGAGUGUUGUCGGUGUGCUCGACUGGCGGCUUUAUUAUUGUCGUCACGGUCAGCGAGGCUGCUCUUUUGGGGGUGUUUUCUGAGACAGAGUCAGACAUCCGACAAAUGGUCAUGGUGGCAAGCAUCAUCAUGGCCAUAGUCAUGGGUGCAAUCGCCUGUAUUACGAUAAGGCUGGCUCGUUCUCUCUCCAAGGGUCUCACCAAUCCUGUAAACCAGCUUGUGGACAUCGUGAGACAACUCAACAACCUGGACUUUUCCCGGGAGGAUGCCGGACGGUGGAUGUUUAACGAAAGCAGCUGCCCAGAGGUAGAAGAGCUAAUGGACGCCUUCAAAACUAUGACAACCGUGGUCAAGUUUGCGAACGAGCCCCUCGAGAGCGGGGACGUUGAUGCGGCGCAACAGAACAACAUGGGAGCGCUCACCUUGUUCAAGAAACUCAAGAAUGCGCGCGGGGUGGCGAUAGUGAACAACAACAUGGGAAACGUCUACACGUUGCAGGCAAAAGUCCUUUCGGAAAAGGCUGGCACGCAGCGGGAAAACAAACACCCUGCUGCCGCCGAUAAAACGAUGCGGCAGGCCGACGAGAAAUUCCAAGAUGCUGUCAUCAGCUUUCGGCUGGCAAUCGAAGACGCCGAAAUGCUCAUUUCGUGGACACACCAAAAUAAACCUCGUCUGGCAGAUGUUCAGAAUUCGGCCCCUCUGCGUCUUGCCACAACCGCCCUAGCGGGAGAAAAUCAAGAGAAAAUCGAGCAAGAGCACAAAGCCGGCGAGGUUUCUCGAGUAGAAUCUCUCGACAUUGAGGCCCAGGACGAUUCAAAACACAGCUACACGGAUGACGAAAACGACGACGACGACGACGACAGCGACGCCGCAGAGGGGCCUGAGUCUGUCUCAGCACUCAAGCUUCAGCUGGCGAACCGCAAGUUUAACCUUGCUCUUUGCCUGGCGGCCAAGGCGACCGGUGACGGCGACCGCCUUCGCGGGGACAACGAAGAAGCAACCCGGGAGAGCGAGGAGGCUCGCAGGCUAAUGCGUGAGUGCGAGGACCUCGCGGCCGAGCGAGACGACGCAAUCGGCACCGAGCGUCAAGUGGAGUACCUGCUCGCGCUCGCCGCGCUUGAACUCUCUCUGCUGGACCGCAAACACGAAGCCAUCCAGGCGCUAGAGAGAGCAGAAACGAUCAUCGACGCUGCGUGCAGUCAACCAUCCCCUGUUAUAGGCACGCUUGCCGCCGCAGCUGCAACUGAGGCUCGUGCUGCUCCACCGGCGGUGUUGAAGUGCCGACUGCUGACCGCGCGAGGGGAAGAGCGUCUCGCCGCCGGAGACGCCGAGGCCGCCGUCCGGUUCUGGACUGAGGCGGUCGUCGGUGGUGACGUUAUGGACCCAGCUGCUGUUCGACAGUCAUUGGUCGGCCUUCAGGCGCACUUGUGCAGCGUAGAUAGCGGUCAAGAGCUCAGUCCAUACACGGAAGCUCUGGCACGUGGUUUGGGUCUGGCGAGCGAAGAGGAGGGAGACGCUAAAGGGGUGGUCGUUUCAAACGCGGAGCUGACGGGGGCAAUCCAAGCAGAGGUGAAAAGGAUGGGCGGGGCGGCGUUUCAGGUGUCGAGGAGCCCUGCUGUCAAGGUGGACUUGUGCUUCGUCAUGGACUGCACGGGAUCGAUGGGUAGCUGGAUCAACCAAGCAAAGAAGAAGCUUUUCGCCAUCAUCGAGCAGACGAAGAAGGACAUUGCGAACCUCGAACUGCGUGUUGCGUUUGUCGGGUACCGGGACUUUGAGGGCCACGACAAUCAAUACGAGGGGCCCUACGAUUUUCACUCCGAGGAGCAACUUCCCCAGCUAGAAGCCAAGCUCAAGAAGAUCAGCGCCGGCGGAGGAUGUGGAUAUGUCGCUGACGUCGCCGGCGGAUUGAAGCACGCGACCACACUGUCGUGGAGCAGUCCGGUGCGUCUGUGCAUCCUUUUCGCCGACGCCCCCUGCCACGGGAAAAUGUAUCACGACGUCCCCGAUCAAUACCCGAAGGGCUGCCCGAAGGGCGUGGACCCAUCGAACAUGAUCUACCAGCUACAUAAGCUCGGCGUGGACUUUUAUUUUAUCCGGAUUGCUCAAGUCACCGACAAAAUGGUCGACAUCUUCCAGAGCAGCGUUCGGCAGAUGGCGGUGAAGCAUGAACGAAAGAGCAGCCCAAGCCCCAACUCCAGCAACACCAACCGCCCGAAGUUCGUGGUGCACAACCUCGGGAGCGACGACAACAGCUUCGUGGACACGGUCGUCGAAAGCGUCGUUGGCAGCACCGGUAUCAACCUUCGCAUGGAGAAAUACUCGUGAAAAGCCGACGUAUGUUUUACAGUGCAUUCUCUCGCGUCCACGUAAAAAAAUCUCUCUUCGUUGAAUUUUACUGUACAUAGUUGACGAACAGUGAGGUAGCUGUAUGAAAAAUGAAUGGUAGUCGAGUGGAUAGGCAUUUUCGCGGCAAAAUAUGCCUGGUAUAAGCAACGACUCAACGCGACGUUUCAGUUUCCCUCAUUAGAUUCCUUGGAUUUAGAGGUGAUCGAUGUGAAAAUCCACCUACUGGGUUGAACAGGUUGGCCGCACUGCAUUUGAAAGCAAUACCAAAGCAUGACGUGUGCAACCACAUGUUUGUAUGCAUAACCUUUAGACCCCAAUCCAAAAGCCUCCUUGGGAAUAGUGGGAGCACUCGUCGUUCACGAUUCAAAUUUGGUGGGCACCAUGUACAUAUUCGUAUUUGUUGUGCUGGGUUUACAUCGUUCCCCCUCGGAAACCCAUCACGUGUGUUCGGCUGACAGAGUCGGGCGCGGUAGGUCACCGGGAGAAGUGUUUUACCGGCGGUAAGGGGUAGGCGUUCGAGGGCGUGUAGUCUGGUAAAAGAACAUCGUUUGCAAUCGUU